AUGACCACUCCUCUCCCUUCCCCUGCCUCCACUCUGCCUCUCCUCUUCCUCCUCCUCCUCCUCCUCCUUCACCCCUUCCCCGCCAUAGCCAACCUUCACAACCUCAGAACAAAAUCCCUCAAACUCCCUCCAACCCAUUCCACCAAACCAACCGAAUUCUUCGAAGUAACCAAACCCAUCUCCCUCCCCAACACAAUCCCCUGCAUCCACCACAUCUUCACCCACGACUUCGCCUCCACGUUCGUCAAACCACCUUUUCUCACCAACUACACACCUCCCUCUCACUGUCCUUCCUCCCAUGGCUUCUCCAAGAUCGUCCUCGAGUGGAACGCCACCUGCAAGGGCCGACAAUUCGACCGAAUCUUCGGCCUCUGGCUCGGCGGCGUCGAGCUUCUCCGCAGCUGCACCGCCGAGCCCCGUCCCAACGGCAUCCUCUGGACCGUCCGAAAGGACGUGACGAAAUACUCCUCGUCGCUCCUUUCGAAACGGCGCCAGGAUCUCGCCGUCUUCCUCGGAAACAUCGUCGACGGUACCUACACCGGAAUCUACCAUGUCAAUGUGAGUAUCUACUUUUACCCUGCAUCGGGAGAGAAUAGUGGUGGUGGUGGAAAUAGUAAAGCUGCUGAUCUGAUCCUGCCGAUUUCGCGCAAUGUCGAAAAUUUAAACGACGGGUUGUGGUUCCAGAUCGAGAACUCGUCGACUCGAAUCGAGUCGAGCGAGUUCACGAUUCCCUCGAACGCGUACAGGGCCGUGCUCGAGGUCUACGUUUCGCCCCAUCAGGACGACGAAUUCUGGUACACGAACUAUCCCAACGACUACAUUGUAGCCAACAACUUGACCAGCACGCCAGGGAACGGACCGUUUCGCGAGGUUGUGGUUAGUCUUGACGGCGUCAUCACGGUGGGUGCUGUCUGGCCGUUCACCGUGAUCUACACGGGAGGGAUCAAUCCCUUGCUCUGGAGGCCGAUUUCGGGGAUAGGAUCGUUCGAUCUCCCGACGUACGACAUCGAAUUGACCCCGGUUCUCGGGAAUUUGCUCGAUGGGAAGGCGCAUAGUUUGGGGUUUAGUGUCACGAACGGGUUGAGCGUGUGGUUUGUGGAUGCAAAUUUACAUCUCUGGGUGGAUCGUGAAGGGGAGAAGACAACGGAAGGGAAGCUUGUUGCCCACGGAAGCGAACUCGGUCUGACAUCGGACGCGAACUUCACAGGACUGAAUGGCAAGUUCGAAACCGGUGCGAGCAGGUGGGUUUCGACGGAAGGGUGGGUGAAAUCGUCGAACGGUAACAUCACCACUCGAUUCGACCAGCGGUUUAGUUACAGCAAUUCGAUGGAGAUGGGGAAAGGAGGGGAUUCUCAGAGGGUGAAACAGAGGUGUAACGUAAGCGACAAGGUUUCGUUCUCCGGUGGUGGUCCCUCGCUCCGAUCGACGAACCGGUUCAGCGUGGAGUUGUACACGGACUCGAAGGCGGGGCGGAACAACACGGUGCUGUUGGAAACGAGGCUGGCGCUGGGAUUGGGCAACAGGAGGUUCCGCGGCGGGAAAGAGGUUUCGAGGUUGGGGAAUUUGCAGAGGGCGAGGGGGGAAAUGGUGGUGCAGGGGGAUUUGGUGAGCGGUGGAUUUGGGGCGACGAAGCAGUGGUAUAACUAUGGAGGAGAAGAAGAAGAAGAAGAAGAAGAUGGGUCGGAGAAGUGCUAUUUUAGGGAUGUUAGCAGCAAGAACUAUACCAUUGUUCAUGAUAGGCAGGGGAUUAAGUGCCAUAAGUGA